AUGCAGAUGCUGACAACCGCUCUCGCUCAGGCUGGCCUCUUUGCGGGAAUUGCCUGGGCUGGUGUCAUGGUCCCUCGCGACUCACCUACCUACACUAUGAAUCCAUUGAUCGCACAAUGGGACUCUAGUUGUGGACUCAGCAAUCCUGCAAACCAUGCCGAGACACGACAGGAUGCAGUUGUGCGCGCCUGGGUUGGCGCCCUGGAAUUGGCAGCCGAUGCAUGGGAUCGUUGGUCGGAUGUCAAGCCUUUCUUGAAAGAGUUGGCCCCCGAGAGUCAUCCAAAUGCCGGGAUCGAGCUGAAGGCAAAUCAAGCAGACGCCGCAUAUACGCAAUUCUUUGCUAUGAGCUUCGAGAAAGAAACAAUCAACAAGGUUGAGGACGUUUUGAAGAAGAUGAACACCUUGACGAAUGUCAUGCCUGGAAAAGGUGGGCGUCCAGAUAUCGAGAUGUAUAUUUCCUGCAAUGAUGAGUCUGUUGGCAACAUGAAGUGCGACAAAGACCUUGUCUUCGAGGUCGACUUGCCAGACAAGAAGGGCAGCUUGCUAAACUUUUGCACUGGGUUCUGGGAAGAACCCCGAUUCGAUGUAUGGAAAAAGGCAGCGCUUAACGCAAAGCACUCUGGUAAUGGUGGUCCGGGGGACGUCACUCAAAAGGAUUGGGAGAGAGUCCGCAACAUCGAGCGCUGGAAUGCAGGAACUGAAGCUGGUACCCUGUUCAAGCAAUUAACACAUAUUGACUGGAUUGGAAACACUAAUCCGUACGACAAAGAUGGCAAAGCCAACCCGACAGAGAUUCAAGGAUGGUGGAAUAAUGCUCAGCAUGCCACUAACACUGUACACGGCAAAACAACCAUGAAAGAAGUUUAUCUGAAUGCGGAGUCAUACUCCUGGUAUGCUCAGUACGGGUAUUUCCUCCGCCGUCUCACUCCCCGUUCCAAUCCGUGGCCGCUUGCUGGCCCCAAGAUGGCGCCAAACUCGAUCGCUAUUUAA